CGGAGUUUUUACAAAAAUCAUUGCCAUUCAUUACCAGCUACACGUACAGCCAUUUCAGGGAAAGAAAAUGAAAAGCGUAGUCGAUACAACUAAAAGGAUUCAUAUAUUAGUAACGGCUUUGAUUGGAUUGUUCUUUGUAGUAACCAGUUAUCUAUCUAUUCUAGGGCCACCAUCUGCAGUAUUUAGUAUAGUAGAUCCCCCUCACUACACAAUAAAUGUGACCAGCAUUCAGGAUACUCAACUUGAUGACGUAGUUCUUCCAGUUCCAACACACAGUACAGUAGACAUUCACUACGAAAUGGCUUCAAGACCAAACUUUUGGGAUAAACACCCUAUAUCUGUAUACCAGGCAUUCGCCCAGCACAGAGCUCGAACUAUGGACAGCUGUAACAAUACGUGCGAUCCUACAGAACCACACUGUAGCGCUAUGAAUGCUACGGCAUGGGAAGAUUUGAACAAAGAGGGGCGUAUGCCGUUUAGGCCAUUCCUCUCAAGGGGACAGUACGUGUUCGACUGGGAAAAAAAUCUACUAAGUUACCCGCCCUUGUUUGAUUAUAAAACUCUACCGGAUAAAAGUUUAUCUAAAGUUGUAAUGGAGAAUGUACACAAUGGGACGGUGACGUGUAAGAUGUUUGGAUAUCUACGUGGGCGGGUGGAUCUUGUGGACGGGUAUGGACGCAGGAGGACACGGGGUGACGACGAGGUGCGGGUGUGGGUCAAGAGUGCUGACGUCAAGGGGUACGCAUCUUCUGGUGACGUCACAGAUUUAAAGAACGGAAGUUACUCGUUUACAAUACGUUGUCUUUGGCCAGGAAAAUCUAGUUUAAAUGUUGCAUUGUCGUACCCACGAGAAUUUCUACGUGUGACCGUACACCAGACCCAUGUGGGCGUCACCCGACUGACCAGGGCCACAUUUGUCAAGGAGAAAAUAAAGGAGGUAUUACAAAUAUAA